AUGGCCGGCCAAUAUUCAUGUUCCUUCGCCCGGCGGCUCUGCCUGAGCAUUGCGCUGCUGGCCGUGCAGCUGCUCUGCGUCCUUUCCAAGCCGACAGCCCGGGAUGCGUCUUCGUCUUCUAUAUUGGCAGAAUCGAGUCGCAUUGUGCCGGAUUACGUGACCCAAUACGCGCCGCUCGUUUGGCUACACUCGGAUGAUCCGUUUCGACCGGCCGACUUGCUCCAACACAUCCGCCACACAACCCCCGCCACCAACCAAAGCUCCAUCCCCAACCUGCCAAAGCUCGACCUCGACAACCUCGCGAUUCUCAACGACGUCGACACAAAAGGUGGAAGGAUCGCCCUAACCUCGAACGACGACAUUACCGGGUUGCCCGCAUGGCUCUACGGAUCGCUUCCAGACGAGUCGGGCAGGAUUGCAAACGCUACGCCAUGUGUUGUGAUACUCGUUGAGAAGAGUCCUCGAGACGUCGACGCCUUCUUUUUCUACUUUUACUCUUAUGACCGCGGCGCAAACAUUACGCAGGUUUUGGAGCCCCUGAACCGCCUAAUUGAGGAUACUGAGCACGGGAUGCACUUUGGCGAUCAUGUUGGAGACUGGGAACACAACAUGGUCCGGUUCCGAGAUGGGAAACCCACAGGCAUCUACUAUAGCCAGCAUGUGAGCGGCUCUGCGUACAACUGGAAUGACAAGGCUCUUUCGAUGAAGGGCGAGCGGCCUCUUGUCUAUAGCGCAUACGGGUCGCACGCAAAUUAUGCCUCUACCGGCAACCACGUUCAUGAUGCAGCAUUGGUGGAUUUUUGCGAUGCUGGUCGGCUCUGGGAUCCCGUCCUUUCGGCGUAUUUCUACCACCUGGACCCGGCCAACUUCAAGUUGACGCGCCUCUUUCUUUCUGGUGCCAACUCCUCCGCCGCGUCGAAUUUUACCUCCUUUUUCUACUUUACGGGAAUCUGGGGCGAUGAACAGUAUCCGGAUAACGAUAUUCGACAAAAGACCGUCCCUCACUUUGGGUUGAAACGAUUCGUCUCAGGGCCGCAGGGUCCAAUCGUCAAGAAUCUCGUGCGAAACGGCCUGUUUCCCGAUCAGCGUGAAAAGAAGCCGUGGAUGCAGUGGGCGGUUGGCAUCUUCAUGUUUUGGUAUCCGUGCUGCAUACGCGGAUGGAGGCUCUGGGUAUCGUUGAGCGUGAUCGUUGGCUUCAUAAUCUUGACGGCGUUUGGGAUCAGGUUCGUAAUAAAGAAAUACAGAAGGACCAAGGGAUACAAAAAACUAGAGACGACGGACAUUCCGCUCAACGACAUGAGCUAUAGAGAGGGGAGCUCUCGCCUGCCUCUCGCUGAGGACGACUUGGAGACGAGAGACGAGAGAUGA